GCCAUACCGCUACGCCGGGGGAGCUACGUUGCAAAUUCCCGUACACAUCAUCAUAACUGCAGCUGGCCGCAAUCAAGUUGACAAUGUCAAUGACAUGGUUGAACUUGCUCGACAAAUGCCAUUCUGUGAAUCUUUGAGCUGCUACAAUUGAAUACAUCUGCAUAUUCCUGGCUCCAUCAUACUUUUUAUUUAGUGACGAAGUCUACUCUAAGAUGAACACUGUGAAAUACAACCUCAAGUACGUGUCGCUAGGUGUCCUGAUCGUCCAGACGACGACCCUCGUCCUGACGAUGAGGUACUCCCGGACCUAUCAAUCAGAGGGACCUCGCUACCUCAGUUCCACGGCUGUCGUCUUGGCUGAAUGCAUGAAGAUAGUUGCUUGUAUAUUGCUUGUAUACUUCCAAGAAGGGGGCAGAACGAUUGAUGGCUUUGCGAAAGUGAUGAGAGAAGAAAUCAUUAACAAACCCAUAGACAGCCUCAAAUUGGCAAUACCAUCCGGUCUGUACACGCUUCAGAAUAACCUUCUCUUCCUUGCUCUCUCCCAUUUGGACGCAGCAACAUACCAGGUGACCUAUCAGUUAAAGAUUCUGACAACGGCCAUGUUUUCAGUGUUCAUGUUGGGCAAGCAGCUUAAUGCCUCAAAGUGGAUCUCCCUCAUCCUUCUAAUGGCAGGGGUAGCUUUGGUCCAGAUGCCAUCAGAAAGCAAGCCAAAAGAAACGGAACAAUCGAUGUCAUCGGAGCUGAUCGGUCUGAUAGCAGUUCUGUGUGCCUGCUUCUCCAGUGGGUUUGCAGGGGUUUAUUUUGAGAAGAUUCUCAAAGGCACCAAGCAAUCAUUAUGGCUCAGGAAUAUACAACUAGCUUUCUUUGGGGUAAUCUUUGGUCUCGGUGGUGUUAUAGGAAAAGACGGAUCGAAGGUUGCGGAGGAUGGUUUUCUUCAAGGAUACCAUACUAUCACAUGGGUAGUAGUGAUAUUACAGGCCCUUGGAGGUCUUAUUAUAGCAGCCGUUAUCAAGUAUGCAGAUAAUAUAUUGAAAGGAUUCGCUACAUCAUUAUCAAUCAUCUUAUCAACAGUAAUAUCUUAUUAUCUGCUGCACGAUUUUACUCCCUCAAGCUAUUUUUUCGUUGGAGCUGCAUUUGUCAUUUCAGCGACGUUUCUCUACGGCUACGUUCCCAAGGUAACUCUGGAUCCCAAAGGAUCAGAUAAUGUUUAGUCAUAAGUGUCACGUUAAAAAACUUAUACGAAAUAUUACACAACGGUCUCAACAGUGUGUGUGUGUGAACAUGCAUUGUGCAGCUAUCUCUGGAUGAGAAUGAUCACGCAAUGUUUAUUCUAAAGUCCUUUGGAAGCGCAUAGGGACGUUAUGACAUAAUCUGAUAUACGCUAUACAAGAACUGUGUUAUUAUUAAAAAAUGUUACAAAACUUUGGAAAAUAUAAUCACCUUUUUUUAAUGGUGUGUGUGAAAUUCUAAAUCAUGUAAUUUUGCAGCUGUUUUUCUUCUGUGAAGAUUAUGUUAUCAUGUUCAUAAGAAUAUUGUGCAAAUAGUCUUUUUAGAUGUAAAAUUUUAAAUGUUUCCAAACUAUGAAUAUCAACGUUGCUUAAUUAAAAAAAAUUUAUUUGUUUUUUUUUUAAAAAGAAAGCUGGUUUCUUGCAUAUACCAUCUACUUUAAAAGCUUUUUUGUACAUACAGGUAUACCCAUUAGAUAAUAUCCAGAAUCAUAUAUUUUAUUAUGAAAUAUGAGAUAGGUAUUUAUUUGUUUUUUAAGCAUGUUUUGAAAAUCUGUGAAAGCAGUUUUCCAUGUAGGGUUUUAGAUGAAUUACAGAUGUAAGUGCUGAAAACACAUGUCUGUAACAAAAAGAGUAAUUAUUGUGGUUGUAAAUAAACACUUCAGUCUUUCAUUCCAGUCAAUAUAUUAAACCUAUUUGUGUGUGGAAAAUAUGUAAUUUUUUGUUUACACUAAACUUUGAUUUGGUGUCUUUCAUCAGUAAAUCCAAUGAAAGGGUUCGAUAGAUUAUUGAUGAGGUACUUUGAGAUAUUGUCCUGGGCCCACAUCCAUGAAAGCUGAAUAUGUCUAAUUAUCACAUAAUUAUAUAGGGCCACAGUACACAAUUAUGUGAUAACUAGACCUGUAAAGGUUUUGUGAAUAUAGGUCCUGGUGGGUGUUUCAUAAAGCUGUUCGUAUAGUUACGCAAGACUGGAACACAAUCUUAGGUCAUAACUCACUUACAUAGGGAUAUUACA